UUCUUCAGCUGUCAGACAACAAGUACUAGCGGGAGAAAGUGGCACUGUGGGAGAGGUGUCACUUCGUGUGCCACCGUGCCCCUGACUGCAGCUGUCACGCAGCUCAGCAGUGAGUCUGACAUCGUCUGGGGGCCUGCCCCGUGGAUGAUCACACAUCGUCCAACCUGGCCUCUCUCCACACUGCCACUGGCUCAAGAUUUCAGCUGCCACGGUGCUUUGUUCGUGCUCCUGCUGCUGCUGCCCUGGACUUCAGUACUAACACAGACGAUGGAAGAGGAAAACAGCAACGUGGAUUGCCCGCCCUUUAGUGAAUACAAAGGCAUUUCCUUCCCUACCAGUGUACAAACACCAGAAAGCCUGCAGUACUCGGAGGAUUUUGACGUGCGUGACGAUGACGUCUUUGUGGUGACUUAUCCCAAAUCAGGCACCACAUGGAUGCAGGAGAUAACGACGCUGAUUGUCAGUGGAGGAGAUUUGACACCAGUGAAGACCAUACCGAGCUGGGAAAGGGUGCCCUGGGUGGAGAACAUCACUGGAAAAGGAUAUUUGGAAAACCGCCCCUCUCCACGCCUGAUCUCGACCCACGCACCCUACUCCAUAGCACCAAAGAAGCUCAGAGAGGGCAAGGGAAAGGCCAUCUAUGUUACUCGCAACCCGAAGGAUGUUAUGGUGUCAGUUCAUCACUUUUCAAAGUUUGCACAGUUUCUUGCCAAUACCGGAACUCUUGAAGAAUGUUUCCACAAUUUUGUGAGCAAUAAAGCUCAAUUACAGGGAGGGUCGUGGUUCACCCACGUACGGGGAUGGCACGAACACAAGGACGCCCCCAACAUCUUCAUGAUCUCGUUUGAAGACAUGGUUAUGGAUCUACGCGGGAGCGUGAAGCGAAUUGCAGACUUCAUGGAGCGCCCACUCAGCGAGUCGGCCCUGGACACCAUCGCAGAGCACUGCACUUUCUCCAGCAUGAAGAAGAGCCCGAUGGCCAACUACUCGCUCGUCCCUAACAAAUGGCUAGACCAUAACGUUGGAACUUUCAUGCGAAAAGUAGACCUAGGAGGGCCCAGGACUGGCCAUGAUCAGGAACCAAACUCGAGUCGCCGGGCACAGUUGGCAACUGGAAAAGUGAAUUCACCGUGGAGUUGAGUGAGAAAUUCGAUACGGUCUAUGCUAAGAAGAUGGAAGGCUGCGAUUUGAAAUUUGUCUGGGACAUCGCAGAACUGCAUAAAUAAUGUUUUUAUUAAAGCCAGGAGCACUUAACUUUGAUCAAGCUUAUUGCUGUUUAUCAAGCUUUUUGACAGAUUUCCAUUCUGUUUAGCCAGUAUAAUUUGACUGCAUUCAUAAUUAUUUUAAUCAACAAAUUAUUGUUUAAAUGUGCAUUAUUUUUACAUAUGAAAUAAAGACGUGAUAGCAUGCUUAAGGAAAGUUCGCCAAUACAAUUUGUAAUUGUUUGAAUAGGCUUAUAUUUUGUGGCUAAUUGCUUUUUUUCUUAUAGCGUGGAAUAUGAUUCUGGUCUUAUAUAUAUAUAUACUUUUUUUCAGUCAUAAAUGGCUUUUUAAAAUUGCUUCUUCAAGCAAAAUACAUUUCUCUAGUAUGUGAUUAAAUUACUCGUAAAUGUAAUUGUCCUGAUAUGUUUCUAUAAAAGUUAAUUUGUUCCAGGCCAAUGAUUAGUUCUCAUUUGCUACUUUCAUUUGUUUGUGUAUGACUUGUAAUCAGUGUCAACCUGUGUUAUAAAAUAUUUUCCACCACCUGUUUAACA